UUAUUAUCUUUAUUGAUUAAUUACAUUUUUUUGGUUCCUGCAGGUAAAUCAGGAAGUGGGAUUUUAGUCAAGUGGAAACUUACCAUAUAUGGAUCACAGAUGACAUCACAAGAUAUAACGGAUAGGCAAAUCAUGGUAGAAGAGGCGAUGGGUGGAGAAUUCCUGCUUAGCAACGAGACGUUACCAUGCCCACCAAGCUUAGCUCUUUCAUUCAAUGAUGAACGACUUCUGUCUCCCAGGACACUAAAGAUGUUGUUGCUUGGAAGUUUUUUAUUCGUAUUCAUGGCUAUAUAUUUUUCUUUGGAGCAAGCUUUUUGCAACGAUGAGGAGAAAGACGAAUAUCAACAAACUUUAGGUGAUUCAAAAGAGAAUGCAAAUAACGACAUUGAAAAGGAAAUUAUUGAUCAUAAUACUAGUGAAACUGCCAGGUUACUUGCAGCGGACUCAGAAACAGAGUUAGCAAAUAAUUCAAUUGAUUUGGAAGGUAAUAAUUAUAAUUCUGUAAACUCUGGAUGCUUGCAAAAGUCAUCAGUGCAAUCGAAACAAACAAUUCCUGAACAACACGAUCCAACAUUUGGUUGCCCUGUCGGAGACCAUCUAUGUGCAUCGCUGGAAAACUUGUCUGACUAUAUUCAAGUUAACUCAGGUAGCCACUGCUCUGGUUCAGCAGCGGUACGCGGUAAUAGCGAUGGAAUUUUCAAGAAGUCAUCAAUACGAGAGUUAUCAAAUAGGAAGGAUGUUUUUGUAGGACGUUCUAACGAUUACACAGACUACCGUCAUUGGCCAGUUUCCAGUGCGAACUUAUUCAAUACUGAUGAAUCUCGUUGUCAGGGAACUUUAUGAUUUGUAAAUAAAUAGACCUUAUCGAAAUUUGUGCAAAUGUUUCCAAGUAUGAAAACUACUUUAAACAACUCUAGUAAUCAUUUUCUUUGAUUCCAUUAUUUUUAAGUCUUUUAGCAAUUGUUUUAGAUUCCAAUUUUUUAUUUUGUUUAGAAUUUCACUUCUAAAACAAAUGAAGUGACAUUGGUAUGUAUAUAAAAACUUAUAAAGGCUUAUAGUCAAUUCUUUGUGUAUUUUCCAAUUUUUUUUCUCUACUGUACAUUACAAAUUGCCAUGGCAA